ACGAUGAAAGUGUGAUGUAAGAGAUAGGCCGGCGAAACAGAAGAUUUGGUUGAAACUAUGGCAAAGGCUGUGGUGUUGGGAGGAGGAAUUAGCGGAUUAUCAUCUGCCUAUUAUGCAUUACAAGAAGGGACUUCUUCAAAAUUUGCCAAGGUGGUAUUGCUUGAGGCUUCUAACAGAUUUGGUGGUUGGUUACAUUCUACUAAAUUUGAAGAUGGGGCUGUGUUUGAUUAUGGUCCACGGAGUUUUCGUCCAACUUAUGUUGGUUCUGGAUUGAACACUGUGGAGCUUGCUCUGAAGCUUGGCCUUCGUGAUGAUAUUAUUGCAGUAGACAAACGUGAUCCAAGCAAUGUCCGGUAUGUCUACAAGGAUAAGAAAGUCCAUCAAAUGCCUGGAACCAUACUUGAUGCCAUUCGUGUUGUUCCACCAUUAAAGAGAAGGUUGAUAUGGACUGCUUAUCAAGACACUUUUGCUGCAAAAGCGACUGAAGAUGAAAGUGUGCAUUCAUUUUGUACAAGACGUUACGGGAAAGAGAUAGCUGAUAUCAUGGGUGAUGCUAUGGUUCACCCUUCUAUUACAGGUCCAAUGGUAUCCAUGUCAAAACCCAUCUUGCAUUACAUCACUAACUGGACUAUGUGGUCAUUGAAAGAAGGUUGUCAGCAACUGUCUGAUACUUUGGUCAAACACCUGACCAGUCCACAGAUGUCAGCUGAAUUACAGCUUAAUAAUAAAUGUACAAAACUGACAUUCAAAGAUGGUGCAGCAGUGGUAACCAGUGAUAAAGGGGAGAUAACUACAGACCAUGUUUUCAGUUCUAUCUAUGCUAGAGAUUUAGCUCAAAUCCUUCCUGAGGAACACAGUGAAUUAGCACAGGAGCUAAAGGCCAUCCCUGCUGUGUCUGUUAUUGUGGUCAAUCUGGAAUAUCCUGUUGAGAGUCCAAUGAAGGGCUUUGGUCACUUACUACCUUCGAUUGAAGACGGACCAGUUCUUGGUGUGGUGUACAACUCCUGUGUCUUUCCACAACAGGAUCGAAUCCAACAAAAGGGAAAAAGCUCUAGAUUUACGGUGAUGCUGGGUGGAGCAUGGUACGAUGAACUCCUGGAGAGAAUGGGUGGUUCAUUAAACCCAAAUGGCUUUGCCCUUUUCGGGAUGAAAGUGAUUGCUGAACAUCUGAAAAUUACAGAAAAACCUUCAAAAGUUGAUGUCAUAAUUCAAAAUGACUGCAUCCCUCAGUAUUUUGUGGGUCAUAACGAGCGUGUAGAGAGAAUAUUUAAAUACAUAAAGGACAAUAACCUACCAUUAAGUUUGGUCGGCUCAUCGUAUAAAGGAGUUAGUGUAAAUGACUGUAUAUACAAUGCCAAACUUCGUGUGGAAAAGUUUACUGGUCCAUCACCAUAUGUAUCCCCUGAUAUAUCAAAGGAACAUUUCGCAUUUUAAACCACAAGGGCUGCAGUUGGUGAACUCUGGUGAGAAAUCCUGGUUUUAUCAGGAAUCCAAUGUUGACUUCUCCUGGGCCAAAAACUGAUAUGUUUAUUGUAAAGUUGAUACAAGUCACAAGAACUAGGGAAGGAAGUCCAGUAUGUAGUUUUGUAUACACUGGUGUAUAGGUAUACAGUAACACUGUAUCUGUAGGUCUAGCUGGGUUAAUGCCCUGGAUAGUGGAUUUAGUAUUGUAACUUAUUGAUAAUUAAAAGUGUUUAGGCUGUGAAAUAAGUUAAAACCACCAAGAAUGCUAUUCCUAAACAAAACUGGAUAUUUAUCUUUUUACCAUUUUUUGGAAAUAUUUAUUAGAAGAGUGCAGAUCUAAUGUAAUCCUUGGAAUAUUGCAUAAAGUACAUUGAACAUAAGAGAAGGGAUACAUGUGUAUGUGGGUAUGUCCAUGUGAGAGAGAUGAUGUUUUGUGAUCUCUGUGUUUUAUUAAAUAAAAUCUAUUUUUG